AUGACGCUGCGCAAGUCUCGGUCCCGGACCGAGACUCUUCAUGACACAAGAGCCAACAGUGGCCGUCGAGACGUUGAACGUCUGACACGGGCAUGUGCUGCGUACCAGUACAAGAAGAUGGAGCUGGAGAACCCUCCGACUGAUACGUCGGAGUUGACAUCGCUUCCAGUCAUGAGCUGGAAGCGCUUCGCAAAGGACCUCUAUGCAUUCUUUCGGACCGCGAUUUUUGGACGCCGAGAAAAUGACAAGCGAAGCGGAGGAGUUGAAGCACUCUUCCCUGGAAGCCCCACGGAGAAUGCUGAUACUCUCGGUAGCAAGACGAAGCAGGAAUGCUUCGACAAGCAGAGUUGCACGAUUCUGCGAGAGCACAUGGAUGUGCUCUCGGACGAGACUCCUGCGGAAGAAGUAUCCCGACGCGCCAGUGGCUACUGUCGCGGGAUGAAGCAAGGUGCGCGACGCAUUGCUUGUGUUCGGUGCGCGACUUCGCACCGAACUGCUUCUACAUAA